CAUGGUGACGUGCAACACGGAGUCCUUCCGAAAUCUGGUGACCGAUGUUUUUGUCCAGUUGAAUGAGAUUGAGAUCCAGCUCAGUGGUUUGGAGGCUUGGGCUGGACUUCCUCCCGAGUGUUUUUCUCCUACUUCUGCAUCCUCUAGCAUGCCUUUCGACGCAGAUCAAAUUUCCACAGAAGCUCAAACUUUAGUUGAGGUAGUCAGACAACUGCAGCUCGGGCUUCACUCAAUGGUUUCAAAGCCUUCUUCCCAGUCUUUGUCGAUAACCAGUGCCAGCGCUGUUUCGUCUUCAGGAACCCCUUCCAAAUCCUCAGUUGCAGCUUCACAGUCCAGAGGUGUUCCAACUCCAGUCUACGGUGGCGCUCACGUUACACCGUCAUAUUCGGCUACUCCCGUUGUUGCGCCAUGCUCCAUAUCUUCUACACAUGUGGAUGCCUCUCCCCAAAUCCAGGAUUCUGGAUCAUACGCGAAUUUUGCCUACAAGUCGCCAUGUGCUGUCUCAGGAUCUGGCUCGAUUCAAAGUCAGUCGACAUCUGGUUUAUAUCCAUCUCCUUCAAUGCACAUGAGUACAGAUACAUUCACACAACCUCCGUCUGCAGGCAGACAAUCAGGUUCUUCCUGUCCAGAUCCAAACUUUACCAUAUCUACUUCCAAUAUGAGAGCGGACUACCAUAGUCACAUUCAACAAGUAGUGAGUACUCCCGACCAACAGCUCGGCCCACCUGCCUAGCGCCUCUCACUCUCAUUUGUAUACCUGUUUUCGAAAAACCACUUGCAACAUAGCUUUUUGCCUUUUUCUUUGUUGUUCGAAUGAACAACCGUUAGUGAUGUUUGCUUUUCGCAUUGGUUGUGUGUUUCGUCUACCCAAUCGUUCUAUCUGUUUAUCAUUAUAAUCUCGUUUUGUGUCUGAUUGCUAUUUCAAAUGCAAUCUAAGUCUUAUCCGUUAUUGAGCGGUUGCUACUGAUCUCGUCGCAGUAAAGCUGGA